GAUAUGCUGCAGAGCAAGCGGGAAGUUGAACCACUAGUACUGGCAGAAAAAUAUUUUAUGGGAAAUCAUAACAAAUMACCAACAGAGCAAAGACUAACUUUUCUUGUGAUAUUUUUGACAGUCAUACACUUGAAAACAAAGUACUUAGCCUGCUUACUAUUUAUUACAGGCACCUGGCAAACACAUAUAGUAUUCGUUUUUGGCGAGCUUUCUUGUAGAUACAGGCAGCCAGAGCCAUUUUAUUUAGAAUAAAUAAAUACGUUACCCUUCUAACGUCGUUAGCUAGAUAACGUCUCGCUGGUUUCGACUAAGGUAAGGAUGGGGGAUAGGACCCUCCUGRGGGAACUAAAGCGGUGGGCGACUGAAGAAUUUAAUCUACCACCCCAAAGUCUCCCAAACGACAACUACUUUAAAACGUUAUGUGUUGGCCCAGGAGCCUCAAUAUGGAGAUAUGUCACACAACAUAUUUUCAAUCAGAGGAAUGUCAGGGUUAUGCGUGGAAAUCUUCAGUGGUACAAAGUUCUACAAGAUAAGGAGUUAAAAAAGGUAGUGGGGCAGAGUGAUGCUGCUAAGCGGCUUGAGCUUCAGGAGCAGAUAGAGGAUCUGAGAGCCGAACUCAACCACCUGGACUCUCAAAUCAAUGGGACUGAAGCACAGCUACUUACUGAAGAAGAGUCCAUUAACUGGAGCUGGGGAAUGGUGAAGGAGAACCAACGCCGGGAGCUGCUUUUACAGGCCUUUAAGCAGCGCUGCAUGAAGGAGCGCCACGUUCUCUCAGAGGAUACCCGCAAGAUUAGUGGACACUCCCAGGUUCUGGAACAGCUGUCUAGGAAGGCAGAGCUGGAGGUGGUGUUUGGAAAUGAAGCCUCCAAUAGCAGUGGGGACUAUCUCAACCCAACAGGAGCAGAGCCUCAGGUUCUGCGUAAUGUGAGAGAGCUGUGUGAUGAAAGACUCCUCUUCUUCCAGUCUUUACAAGAGAGUGAGCUGAAAAUGGCGUCCUCCACUGCCACACACUUGACUCGUGAACAAAGAACUGCAGUAUUUCAGCAUUGGUUAAGUGCUGUGGAGGACUUGUUGCGAUGCUAUCCUCCAAACCAAGUGCUGUCAGCCUUGCAGUACCUGGCCUUGGGACAGGAAAUUACAUUGGAGGAGAAGCUUGCCUCAUUGGAUGUGGCUCGUGAUGUUGCUGCAUUACGSUUUCGCUAUGAGAGUAAUCACCUGUUAGACAUCUCGAAAGAAGAGGAAGAGCUACCACCCGUUAAGAGUCUUUUACAGUCAGCCUGGGAGGAGGUGGAACAGAGUCUGAUGGAACUGGCUCAAACGCGUUCACAAAUUCAACAGCUGAAGACCCAGCUUCAUGCCCGAAAGAAUGAGGCAGAGUUUGAGCUGCUUGGCGGGGAAUCUCAAACCCAAGCCCUGACACAGUCAGUGUUUGAGCUGGAGAUGCAGUGUGUGAUGCAGGCAGCAGUMCGAGAUGGUGUGCGAAACCAGUGUGUUGAAAUGGAGCAACAUGCCAGGGACAGACAGGAGGCCCUUCGCAACCUGCGGAGCCAAUGGCAGAGCAUCACAGACUUCAGACAGCUUGUGGACGUCAGGCAGGAACAGACAAGAGGUCUGAUCAAGGGGAAUUCAACAGCUAAGACUGAACUGACUCGCAUGCACAAGGAGAUUGGCCAGUUUGUCCAGGGAAAACUGACUCCCCAGUUUGGUGAAGUUCUUUCAGCAGCCAAUAGGCUUCGCAACUCUGUGUCCCAGGAGGCCAGACAGUUUGGAAACGUGUCACUKGUAACACUUGAUUGCAGGCUCAUUGAAGGCGAGCAGAGAAUUCCAGCUGCGUGGUUGUCUAUCCAUCGCUUGCAUUCCUCGCCCUUCCACAAUCUGUGUCAAAGCAUGGCUUUUCCAAUGUACAGGGCCCCUGAGGAACUGUACUCGCAAGCUCUAUCCCAGCAUUUGGAGCUUCGCUUUCUGCGUCGUUUGCUGCAAUUUCACUCCUCCUCUUUAGCAAAUGUAGAGAAGCAAGGAGCGCUGCUACCUGCACCUGACCAACAAGCCCUCCUGCUACGUGUCCUGGAGGAAGACAAGGAGCUGCUUCAGUCUUUGUUACCCAGGGUUUGGGAGCUCACCCAGUGCUGCUCACAGGGCCUUUCUUACGGGAAUCAGGUUAAGACUGCCAUUUCCUAUUGGUGGGAUCAGCCUGCUCAGUUUGCUCUGCCUGKCAUACGCAAGGGGGGACUGACUUUUCAGCAGUGGCUACAGAGGUGGAAAUUUGCAGCCAAGGCUUCUUAAUGACUU